AACACACAUUAUUUUCCGGUUCCAGGCUUCUUUCUUCUUCUACCUCCGUCUCCUCUUAAACCUCAAAUAAGGGUUUUUGAGGAAAGCUUCUCGACAAUGGCCAUUGCUCGUUUACUUUCACCCAAAUUAACUCCUCAUUUCAACAAUAGAGGUUUUGUACCUUUGACGCGGAGGUGGUUAUCUUCUUCUAUUGAGGAUGGUCGGAAAUAUGAGAGAUUGCCAGAUUCUGAAGCUUCCACGAACAAAGAUAUUGGCCAAAAGGGAGUGCGUUGGUAUUCUUUGGGAGGUUUACUGACUAAUCUUAAGCAAAAGAUUAUGGGAAACGUGAUUUUGAUGGACAAAAGUUCUGGUGAAGACUCGGUUUCGCCAAAAUCACCCGUAGUAUCUUCAUCAGAUGUGACUGCUACUAAAGUUGUCACCUUGCAGAAUGUGGCAGAAAGCGAAAAAUGUGUCUCUUCUAGUAUAAAAGAAGAAUCUCCAGUCUCUGAAAUGGGAUCUGAAGAUGCAUCUCAAAGUGUUGCUGCAGAAAACAAGAAUUGUAUCACUUCGAGAGUAAAAGAAGAAUCGCCAGUCUCUGAAAUGGGAUCUCAAGAUGUAUCUCAAAGUGUUGCAGGAAUUGAGACUCCUGAGAAGAGAGAAAGCAUAUUUGUAAGUAAUGAGAGAUUAGAUAAUAUUAAUAGGUUAGAUAGCUUGGAGUUUGGACAGGAGAAGGUGUUGAGAUCGAUACGCACUGAAAGAGCGGAUCCUUCCGAGGAACAAAGUUCUAAAGAUGUCGUGUUAGGUUUCUUGACUGAAGAAGUAUCGGAAAGUCUGACAUCAUCUAGGAAAAAUAUAGGGAAGUUUCAGCCUGAGAAAGGGCUAUUCGAUAAAGCGAAUCCACCUCAGAAUAGUCUCUCGAAGUUGUUUGUAAACUCGGAUCCAUUUAAAGAAGUUAAGCUUCCUCUGAAAUUUGAGGCUUUGAGUAACAGUGAUUCCAGUAUGUCUACUGGAGAAUCCUGUAUUGAUGCGGGUGAUCAACACGGCCUAUUUGGUAAGAUGCUGUCUGAUCCUGGCCAGAAAAUUAAAAGUAUUUCCAAGGAAAAUGAUAAGCACAGGUUGUCGGAUGUUCCUCAAAAUCUCGACUCUUUGACAUCCGUUCUAUUAAGGGAUUGGAUUGAUGAUCAGAAGAGUGGAGACCUGGCUGCGAUUAGAGAAAGGAAAAGUAUUUUUUUGCUUGAAAGUUCUAGAAACACUGUUGUACCUAUGGCAGUGGGUAGUAUGAAGAAGUUGAUGGACUCCCUUAACCUCCCAACUGACAAUGGCAUGGACGCACAAGCCAACUCGUUGAAUGCUAGUAGUAGUGAAGAAAAAUCUAUAUCCAAAAGCAAUUCUGCAUUUCAAAAAAGUGAUGGUUUUUGUGCGACAGAGGAAGAAGAAUCCAAAGGGGAAACUUUAGUAAUGGAAAACCAAUCAUUGUGCAGUCAGGCCACUUUGGCAGCUACCACCGCGAAUCCUAAGGUAACAAAAAAGAGUUUGUUCGCAUUAUCUGCUGGAGAACACUCUCCUAACAAAGUACUGCUAAGGUUUUUGCAAGAAUCAUGUCAGAAGAAACACAUCGUUGAAGUGUUUUCUCAGUUUGGAGCCGUUUUGCAUGUACAAGAAAUUCCCUCUUUUGAAGGGUGCAUUUACAAAGAUGCUCUCUUAACUUUUGAGACUAACACUGCAGUCAAGAAGGCUCUUGAGAAAGGUAGAGUGACGGUGAUGAAUAACAAUGCAGUUGUCGAGGCAACUUCUCAGGAAGACAUGGUAGAAAGGAUUUGCAUUCCGGAUCUCAUUGGCGAUCCAGAUGUGCCUGUUGCAUUGGUGAAGGAACCAUCCCGAACAGUUAAGAUUCAUCCACUGACGCACGAUUUUAGUUCAAAUCAGAUCAAAGAAGCGCUAAAGUUCUGUAGGAGCAACAUAUCUAAGUUUAUCUUGGGUUCAUCGAGAACAGAUGCUUUCGUGGAGUUUGAGACGGAAGACGGCAAAGAGAGAGCACUUGCAGAGCAUUCAAUCAGCAUAUGCAAUACACAAUUGUUUAUCUCUAGGAUUGAUAUACCGAGGACAACCGUGGCAAGGAUUUCAAACUUGUCGAAAUCAGCAAUGAAAGAUGUACGAGCUUUGUGUGUACCUUAUGGACAAAUCAAACAGGUAUAUAUCAGGGGAAACGGUGUUGUAGAUGUGCUUUUCGAUGUCUCUGAGUGGCCAAACAUGCUCAACAUUCUCAACAGCUUGAAUGGUAUGGGGAUAGAUGGUAAGAAGUUGGUGGUUCGACCUGCAACAACGGUAAUACCUCCUGAAAUUUUGAGGGUAUUGUGGAAAGAUCCUCAAGAAAAGAGAUAUGUUAAAAGUGUAAUUCAGAAUCUGGUGAGAGAGAUUGAGCAGCCUUUAGAUGCAACUCGUUGCCACACACUCAUGACAGAUUUACUAGUAUAGCUUCAUAUAUUCUUUAACUCUUCAAGAUUAGAGCCAUUAUUUUUGUAAAACGAAUCAAAAGAGAGAAUUAACUA